AUGAAGUUUACACGAGAGCCUAUCUCGUUUGACGAUGGUGAUCUAGAGGGGAAAAUUCAGCCACAUGAUGACGCGUUAGUGGUCAUGGCCCGGAUAAACGACUUCUUAGUAAAAAGAGUGAUGAUAGACCAGGGAAGCGGGGCCGACUUGAUGUACCCCGAUCUGUUCAAGGGACUCGGUUUGAAGAAGGAGGACCUCAUGAAGCACACUUCACCUUUGGUUGGAUUUGAUGGCAAAGUAGUGAUUCCUAGAGGGCAAAUCUCCCUCCCCGUGAUUAUGGGAGGGAAGGAGGUAUCUGUAACAUUCACAAUAACAAGCUCAUUUUCCUCGUAUACUGCCAUCCUGGGAAGACCAUGGAUCCACUCAAUGAGGGUCGUCUCAUCAACAUUGCAUGUUAAGAUAAAAUUCCCAACCGAGCGGGGUGUUAUUGUAAUAAAAGGAGACCAGCAAGCGGCCAGACAAUGCCUUACUGCCGUAGUAAACUGGAAGCAGGAGAAUCAGAUUAGUCAGGGAGAAAUCACCGGGCAACUGGAUGGAGACAUGGAGGUUGGGCGGCCCGAACAAGGGCGCGUUGAACAGGAAGAUAUGUCCCAGAAAAACCCGUUAUAG